AUGGGUGAGGCCGCAUCGGUGUCGUCUUCGACACCGCAACAGGCGGUCCGAACGGAGCCCGUCAACUACGGGCCUCCUGAAGAGGGCAUCUUCAAAUACAUCUCCAAGAUCAUUCCGUACUUUCGCGACCCUCGCAAUGUUCUUGUUUUCAAGCUGGACGUUAUGCUGCUGGCGUGGAUGUUCCUGGCCGGCAUCAUGAAGGAAAUGGACCAGUCCGCCACAACACAGGCCUACGUCUCAGGAAUGAGGGAGUCGCUCAGUCUCUAUGGCAACGAGCUGGUCGAGUUCAACACCUUCUUCUCGAUAGGAUACGCCCUUGGCCUGGUCCCCGGUCAGUUGAUCCAGACAAGGUUUCGGCCGUCGAUAUUCCUUCCUAUCUGUGAGAUGAGUUGGGGACUGUUGGUUUUAUUCACAUACAAAGCGCCGAAUGCUCAAACAAUCUUCGGCCUGCGGUUCUUCCUCGGUCUCUUCUCCUCUGCCUUCUGGCCCAGUGUCGUCGCCCUCAUAUUCAACUGGUACACACCCGCCGAGCUCGCCGUCCGCGUCGCCUGCUUCACCGUUUGUGAUGUUGCCGGCGCCAUGUUCCUGGGUGCCCUGCAAGCCGCCCUCUUCCGCGACAUGAACGGCGUUCAUGGGUAUCAAGGGUGGCAAUGGCUCUUCAUCUUAGCGGGCAGCAUCACCAUCGGCCAGGGCCUGAUCGCGUUCGUUACCGUCCCCGACUCCCCGUCCAACACCCGCGCCAUCUAUCUCACCGAGAACGAGAAGCGUCUCGCUCGCGAACGUAUGGCCGAUUUCGGCGUCAACACCUCCAAACGCAUCCCGGCAUCUGUUCUCCGGACGAAGCUUCGCAAGCUCAUUGUGCACCCCGUCACCUACUUCUUCCUCUUCUCCUUCGCUUUCAGCGCCUGGGCUCAUCGUGCCAACUCGUACUUCGUACUCUACCUUGAGAGCAUUAAAGACUCGGCGGGCAACCGUGUAUACGACACGUACCACGUCAACAUCUUGCCGUUGGGCGGCUAUGCUCUGCAGAUCCUCACCAACGUAGGCCUCAACUGGCUCUCCGACUGGAAGCGCUGGCGUUGGCAAAUCAGCAUCUUUUCCGCCGCCGCCCACGGCAUCUGCUUGGCCGUUCUGUGCGGCUGGCCCUCCGACCACAAGGUGAUCCUUGCCUUCUACUUCCUCACAUAUGCAACCAACGCCGGCAGCCCCUCGCUCAUGGCGUGGAUGGCCGAGAUACUCCGUAAGGAGCCCGAAGCCCGAUCCAUCAUUGUUGCGAUGACUGUGACGACUGUUUACGUCGGCCACGCCACGAUUCCUCUCGGCGCUUUCCGCGUUGCCGACGCUCCCAGAUACCCCAUCGGCUUUCCUCUCACGGUUUCUUUCACUGUCGCAACCAUUCUGGUGCAGCUUGGUAUGUUGUGGUGGCAUAGACGCCACCCUGAAGUGGCUGAGUACGGAUAUGAGCCAGCCGCCAACUGCACGGGGACGUCGGAUGAGGAGAACCCCAAGCUUGCCGACACCGAGACCGUAACCAGUGGACUUGACUCCAAGACGGCCCAAGUUGCGGGAGCAAGGGAGCUGUAG